UAGAUUCUCAGUCUUUUGCGAACAUUCAUCGGAUUAUCCUUUAUUUAAGAGAAAUAAUUAUUAUCUGUUAAUUUUUUCGUACCUACUAAAAUAAAAUGCAAUUAAUUUUUCAAAUUAGUUUUGGAAUUUUCAUUUUAUCACAAAUUUUAGUUGCUGAAAUCAAUAUACUGAUUCCACCUGAUGAGCCAUGUCCAAAAGGAUUGGUAUUCUAUCCAUCGGAUGAGAAUUAUACGACACUAAUUUGCGACUGUGUAGACGAUUGGCUACAAAUUUAUCAUCCAGAUACUGAUUUAUGCUACUAUCCAUAUACACAAGGUCCAUGUCAACCUGGAUAUUACUACGUGUUACCAAAAGGAGAAGAAGUUGCCAAAUGUGAAGAAAGUCCCUGUGAUGAAGGCUUAGUUCCAUACGAAGGUGGAUGUUACAAGCUUGGAGUUUCAGAGCCUCCAUGCAAGGCAAAUGUAACUUACCUGACAAUUGAAUUGCUCACUUUGGAAAUAAAGUGCUUGGAACCAAUGGGUCGAGUUGCUGGUUAUGUUCACACAAUUUAUGGUGGAAUCAUCAAUGCACCACUCAAGGAAUGCAGAAAGGGAAGUCGUCGAAUUUUCUCAGGCAAAUGUAAACGUGAAUUAUUCUAAUGUUCUUGAAAUUUUCUAAAAUUUGAAAUAUUUACAGUUUUUUUGAAGUAUUUGGUGUUGCAAAAAACUGACAAAAAGAAACAUUUUUUCUAUAUUAUUAUUGUAAACUAUAUUAUGAAAAAUAGUUACAAAAAGCAAAUAAAAAUUCUAAUUUUCAGAGACUAGAUCGGCUAUCACAUCCUAUUUAAUCAAUUUAAAGGUUUAUUAACUUAAAUAACCUGCAUAUAGUAGAUAUUAUGUUUAAUAAUUGUAACAGGAAAUAUUAUUUUAAAAUAUUAAACAAAACUUUUUAUAUAGUCGGCUAACAUAUUAGAAGACUUGGGCGAAUUUUGUUAAGGGUUGAUCCCUGAUUGUUGUCAUAGCAACGGAGCGUGCGCGAAAAUUUUCGCCGACAGAGUGCGCACGUACGAUGGAAAAAUCAUUCCUGGAUCAACCAUUGUAAAGAGUGAUAUCGCGAUAAAAUAUUUUAUAUUAUAAUAAUUGUGUGAGUAUUCCUGAUUGCGGAGGUACCUUAUCGUUUGGAUAGAGUAUACUGUAUACUGUAAUUAAAUUUCCGAUUAUUAAAACCAAUUGUCGACAA